AGAAGCUCAGAGGAGAAGGCGGGGCAGAGAAGGCUCCAGUUAUAAAAGCCUCCCUCCUCCUCAGAGGGAGCAGACAGCAGGCUCCUUGGGGUGAAAGGAAAUCCUGCCUGAAGCCUCCACUUACGGCAAGAUGUCCUUCGAGCGUGCCAGGUUCAGCAUGAGGAGCAGGAGGAAUGGCACUCUGGGCAGCACGCGGACCCUCUACUCCAGCGUGUCUCGGAGCACGGACGUGUCUUACAGUGAAAGCGACCUGGUGAAUUUUAUUCAAGCGAAUUUUAAGAAGCGGGAAUGUGUCUUCUUUACCAAAGAUUCCAAGGCCACGGAAAACGUGUGCAGAUGUGGCUACACACAGAGCCACCACAUGGAAGGCACCCAGAUCAACCAGAGCGAUAAAUGGAAUUACAAGAAACACACCAAGGAGUUUCCCACAGAUGCCUUUGGGGAUAUCCAGUUUGAGACGCUGGGGAAGAAAGGCAAGUACAUCCGUUUGUCCUGCGACACGGACCCGGAAACCCUCUACGAGCUGCUGACCCAGCACUGGCACCUGAAAACGCCCAACCUGGUCAUUUCCGUGACGGGAGGCGCCAAAAACUUCGCCCUGAAGCCGCGCAUGCGCAAGAUCUUCAGCCGGCUCAUCUACAUCGCGCAGUCCAAAGGUGCUUGGAUUCUCACGGGCGGCACCCAUUACGGCCUGAUGAAGUAUAUCGGUGAGGUGGUGAGAGACAACACCAUCAGCAGGAAUUCGGAAGAGAACAUUGUGGCCAUUGGCAUAGCAGCGUGGGGCAUGGUCUCCAACCGGGACACCCUCAUCCGCAACUGCGAUACGGAGGGGUGUUUUUCAGCUCAGUACAUCAUGGAUGACUUCACGAGGGACCCUCUGUAUAUCCUGGACAACAACCACACCCACCUGCUGCUCGUGGACAACGGAUGUCACGGACACCCCACAGUCGAAGCCAAGCUCCGGAAUCAGCUGGAGAAGUACAUCUCUGAGCGCACGAGUCCAGAUUCCAACUACGGUGGCAAGAUCCCCAUUGUGUGUUUUGCCCAAGGAGGUGGAAGAGAGACUUUGAAAGCCAUCAACACCUCCAUCAAGAGUAAGAUCCCUUGUGUGGUGGUGGAGGGCUCGGGGCAGAUCGCCGACGUGAUUGCGAGCCUGGUGGAGGAGGAGGACGCCCUGACGUCUUCCAUGGUGAAGGAGAAGCUGGUGCGCUUUUUACCCCGCACCGUGUCCCGGCUGCCCGAGGAGGAGACUGAGAGCUGGAUCAAAUGGCUCAAAGAAAUUCUUGAAAGUUCUCACCUGUUAACAGUUAUUAAAAUGGAAGAAGCUGGGGAUGAGAUUGUGAGCAAUGCUAUUUCCUAUGCCCUGUAUAAAGCCUUCAGCACCAAUGAGCAAGAAAAGGACAACUGGAAUGGGCAGCUGAAGCUUCUGCUGGAGUGGAACCAGCUGGAGCUGGCCAGCGAUGAGAUCUUUACCAAUGACCGCCGGUGGGAGUCGGCGGACCUUCAGGAGGUCAUGUUCACGGCUCUCAUAAAGGACCGGCCCAAAUUUGUCCGCCUCUUUCUGGAGAACGGCUUGAACCUGCAGAAGUUCCUCACCAACGACGUCCUCACCGAGCUCUUCUCCAGCCACUUCAGCACCCUGGUGUAUCGGAACCUGCAGAUUGCCAAGAACUCCUACAACGACGCCCUCCUCACCUUCGUCUGGAAGCUGGUUGCAAACUUCCGAAGAGGCUUCUGGAAGGAAGACAGAAAUAGCCGGGACGAUUUGGAUGUGGAACUCCAUGAUGUGUCUUUCAUCACCCGGCACCCCCUGCAAGCUCUCUUCAUCUGGGCCAUUCUGCAGAACAAGAAGGAGCUCUCCAAAGUCAUUUGGGAACAGACCAGGGGCUGUACCCUGGCAGCCCUGGGAGCCAGCAAGCUUCUGAAGACUCUGGCCAAAGUGAAGAAUGACAUCAAUGCCGCUGGGGAGUCAGAGGAGCUGGCAAAUGAGUACGAGACCCGCGCAGUGGAGCUCUUCACGGAGUGCUACAGCAGUGACGAGGACUUGGCAGAGCAGCUGCUGGUCUACUCCUGCGAAGCUUGGGGCGGAAGCAACUGUUUGGAGCUGGCGGUGGAGGCCACAGACCAGCAUUUCAUCGCCCAACCUGGGGUGCAGAAUUUUCUUUCCAAGCAAUGGUAUGGAGAGAUCUCCCGGGACACCAAGAACUGGAAGAUCAUCCUGUGUCUGUUUCUCAUUCCCUUGGUGGGCUGUGGCUUCGUGUCGUUCAGGAAGAAGCCCGUGGACAAGCACAAGCGGCUCCUGUGGCACUACGUGGCCUUCUUCACCUCCCCGUUCGUGGUCUUCUCCUGGAACGUGGUCUUCUACAUCGCCUUCCUCCUGCUCUUUGCCUACGUGCUGCUCAUGGACUUCCACGCGGUGCCGCACACCCCCGAGCUGGUCCUGUACGCGCUGGUCUUCGUCCUGUUCUGUGAUGAAGUGAGGCAGUGGUACAUGAACGGGGUGAAUUAUUUCACCGACCUGUGGAACGUCAUGGACACGCUGGGGCUCUUCUACUUCAUAGCGGGGAUUGUGUUUCGGCUCCACCCCUCUAAUAAAAGUUCGCUGUACUCCGGCCGGGUCAUUUUCUGCCUGGAUUACAUUAUAUUCACCCUAAGGUUGAUCCACAUUUUCACUGUCAGCAGAAAUUUAGGACCCAAGAUCAUAAUGUUGCAGAGGAUGUUGGUCGAUGUCUUCUUCUUCCUGUUCCUCUUUGCCGUGUGGAUGGUGGCCUUCGGGGUGGCCAGGCAAGGGAUCCUGAGGCAAAACGAGCAGCGCUGGAGGUGGAUCUUCCGCUCCGUCAUCUACGAGCCCUACCUGGCCAUGUUCGGCCAGGUGCCCAGCGACGUGGAUGGUACCACGUACGACUUCGCCCACUGUACCUUCACCGGCAACGAGUCCAAGCCGCUGUGCGUGGAGCUGGACGAGCACAGCCUGCCCCGCUUCCCCGAGUGGGUCACCAUCCCCCUGGUGUGCAUCUACAUGCUGUCCACCAACAUCCUGCUCGUCAACCUGCUUGUCGCCAUGUUCGGCUACACGGUGGGCACCGUCCAGGAGAACAAUGACCAGGUCUGGAAGUUCCAGAGGUACUUCCUGGUGCAGGAGUACUGCAGCCGCCUCAACAUCCCCUUCCCCUUCGUCGUCUUUGCCUACUUCUACAUGGUGGUGAAGAAGUGCUUCAAGUGCUGCUGCAAGGAGAGGAGCGUGGGAUCCUCCGCCUGCUGUUUCAGAAAUGAGGACAAUGAAACUUUGGCCUGGGAGGGUGUCAUGAAGGAGAAUUAUCUGGUCAAGAUCAACACGAAGGCCAACGACACUUCGGAGGAGAUGAGGCAUCGGUUUAAACAGCUGGAUACAAAGCUUAAUGAUCUCAAGGGUCUUCUGAAAGAGAUUGCUAAUAAAAUCAAAUAAAAUGGCAUGAACGUGUGUGGAGAAAAAUCUAAUUAUGUCAAGAAACCACUGAGUGAAGAACGCGCUCAGAGACUUGCGGGGUCUUGACCUCGCUGCAUGAGUGGAGCCUGGGCAUCCUACCUAACUCUCGAGUUCACCCCGGCCCUGGCCAGAGCACACAUCCUUCAGAAAGAAACCUUCUUGGAGCCACUUCAACACCAAAAGAAACCCCCACGGAGCAAGCCCGGCUGCAUGGGAGCCGAGCGGGCCUCUUCCCACCUGGGCUGUGCCUUUGUUUUCACAGGUGACGCCACCCUCCAGCCAGGCAGGUGCAAGGGAAGCUGGUCACCAUCCUGCUAUUGGCUGCUCCAUGAGAGUUCCCAGGUUCCUGGACACAGAGCGGGUGGUUCUUCGUCACCCCAGGGUGCCGGGACCUGAGAAGCAACAUGAAGCCGAUGAAAGGGGAGAGACUCCUCCAAGUGCGUCUGCCUCGGGUGCCCCUGCUCUGUGUCCCGAGCCUCCUGCAGAAGAGUCUGCGAGUUCUGGACUCGUCCUCUUUCCCUCGCCUUUCUGACUCUUGACCACAAGCCUACUAGGAGAGCGUCCCCGUGCACAAAACAGCCCGGCUGCCUGACUCCGGGUGGUUUUCUUGUUUAUUUCCAGUUGAGUCCUUACCGUUUCCUUUUUUGUAUUGUGGGACCCAUUUCUCGACCUAUUGUCAAAAGUCUCCCAAAUCAGGUCAGAUUCUAAAAUGUGCUGUAGCAAGAGGACCCCACUGUGCUCAGGGGGGGCUCUUUUCACUCCUCCUCCAGCUUCUCAGCCCUAGGACAGGGGCCCAGGGGUGGGUCCCUCUCCACCUGGCGGGGGUGCUGCUGCUGAGGGCCGCACUGCUCCUGACCAUGUGAACAGUCACUGGACUGUUCACAUGGUCAGGACCCUCCAGAGGCUCUAUGAUCUCUCUGGGUGCUCCUCCUGCUCCUCUGGUUUGUUAUUUUUUCAUUAAACAUAAUACCUGGAUAGAAACUUUAGACCACACAGAGAUGUAGAAAGAACACCACACCUAAAGGUCGUCACCGCUCAUGUCUGUGGGAGUUUCUCCAAGUCCAGUUUCUUUCUAAGCACAUUUUAUUUCCCUUUCAAAAUGUUAAGUAAUGUCAUUAUCUUGCCUAUAUGGUUCUGUAAAAGCUUUUCCACCUAAUAUUUCAUCAAAGAUGUUUUCUUUGUAUUCAUGGUAUUCUUCAAUGUUGUGUCAGUAAUUCCAUGAUCUUCCACCUCUAGAGAUGCCUCUACUGUUGGUCAUUGAAGGCUGUUUCCAGUUGGCCAUCGGGAUGAACAUUUUUGUGCAUGAAUCUUUUUCUGCAUUGGGCCAAUUCCCCAGGGCUUAGAUUUCAAGGAAUAUCUAUAGUGAUGAUCAAACCACUUCCAAGGCUUUCUCAUAAAUGUAUAGCAAAUAGGAAUUGUUAACUUGAGUAUAUGAUGUGAGACACAUGAAGCUACAGCUAUUAAAAUAUUACAUUUAAUCCUUAGUUUAGGAAGAGGCUCCUAUGCUUAUUUAAACAUUAUGGGUGGUGAGGGCACUGGCAUAGAGUUGAGGAUUCCCUUCUGAGCACACUUAGUCCUCUCUUUUUCUGAAAGUGGUGGUAUCUGAGCUCCAAAGAGAAGCACUGGAGGUGUAUCAAGGCAAUUGAAAUGCCAUAACUGGCUUUUCAGCUUUGAAUAGACUAUAAAUGCCAUGGCUGAAGAAGGGAAUCCUAGAAGGCAGCUAUUCAAUGAACAGCUAAUUAGAGAAACCACAAAGCAUUGACCAAAAAAAGUUGAGUUUCAUUUUGUAUGGGCAAUAUUUAAAAUGACUAUUCACCACCUUUAGAAGGUUUUCAGGGAAUGAAUUCAAAUAGAAGGUGACUUUUUACUCAACCCCAGUACCGGCCUGAAAGGGAAUCCUCUUCCAGAGGGUCUAUCAGUUCGGUGAGGGAAGUGGAUGGGACAAAAUUUACAUGAUAAAAAUGGUCAAUGAAUAGAAAGUUCAAAAUUUCUCCCUUAGAGAAUGUCACUUGCAUGUCACCAUGGCAACUUGAAUACCUGCUGUUUCUGACUCCCAGGAAGGUCAAUCCUCUCCAUGCUGGUUGGAAAAAAGAACACAAUGGCAAACACAGACUGUGCAGGCCAAAGAGUGGCUCAGGGAGCCGGUCCCUCAAUUCAGGUGGGGAAUUUGAGUGAAAUCAGUAAAUUAAGUCAGAACUCCCAGAGGUGCAGGUCAGCGCAACCUAUUUGCUGGUCACCCCCUAGAGGACUUAUUCAUAUGGUUUCCACUGCGUCUCGUCUGCUGGACGUUUCUGCACAGCUGCUCGACGUGAUUUUUGCUUAUGCGAAAUCGUUUCCAGUGUAGCUCCUGAAAACAGCACACGUAUGGAAAUUCCUUCCUCAUUCAAAGGUGCUACAUCCUCGUGUAUGAUCAGUGUGUUCUGUGGUCUUAGGCACAACUGGAGAACUCUGUGGUUGGAUCCAAAUGACUGUUAAUAAAUAACAGAGGAAUUGUC